CCAUACCAUUCUCUAUAAUUUAUCAUGCCUCCCAAGGGUUCAAAAAAGAGAGCUGCCGACACCUCUGCCGGCGCCUCCCAGUCAAAAAGCACAAAGACCAAUGCCUCCACAUCAGCCGGAGCUGCCUCAGAGGAGCAGCAGAGAGACCCCAGCGUCGAAGUGACAGGUUCAAAUGAGCAACCCAAUGACGCUUCGAACGACGACUCCAAUACUGAAGAUCAUGAAAUGCACGAAGACAAGAUCAAGAACGACCCCUACACAUACAUCACGAACUGCGCCCCUCGUUUCGAAUUCGAAUCCCGCUACAACAAGGAGCACGAAGAUGACGACGACUUUGACGAGGAAAAAGCCAGCGAGCUCUGGGCAGAUGAACACAACGACAGAAAAUGUGCUUGCUUCAACAAGGACCGCACCGAUGGCUGGACCAUGAUGCGCAAAGCCUUUGCUCGCAAGAUGGAUGCCGAGACCAUUGAGAUCCCUCAGCGUGAUCAGGACAUGUUCGGCAUGUAUGUUUACAAUGACUUUACUGGUUACGGAUAUCAAGAAGUUGUUGAGAACAACAUGGCCGAGUUCAACAAGGUAUUGAAUGACAAGGAUGGCAAGACCGAGGAGCUGUGGACCAUCCUCGAGUCCAUGGCAUGGUGGAUCGUAGAUGAGCCCAAUGCGCCUUGGCAUAUGAUUGAUGAUGGCGAGCGUUCGUGGUUGACAUACAGUCUGCUGGGCUUCAUGUUGUUGGCUGCCUUGAACCGCAUGGAUCGUGAAGGCGACUUCAAGGUGGACUCAAAGUACAAGGAUCUGUCACUGGUACUGGGCGUCUGGGCAAAGGCUGCCGAUGAUCUUGGUGGCGAUGUCAGCGAUCCUCUUGACGAUGGCAAGAGUGGCAGCUCCGACAUGGGCGAUUACGCUGGCUUCAACCUCCUCUGGUUCCGCUACCUCCUCGCCUUCGCAAAAGAGAAUAGCGUUCCCAUCCAAGGCGUCACAGAUGUCGAUGACAAGAUCGAAGAAUGGUACUCGCAGAUAGAUGGUAAAGUCAAGUUGCCACCGAAGAAGGAGGACCGCUUCGGCUGGAAGACCAAGUUAAACAAGUACACCAAAUCAUACGGCAAAGGCGGUAAGAUUGGCGGACAAGAAUUCAGGAUUCCCCUCUGGACUCGCGAGAAGCGCAAGAAGUACGCCUUUGACAAGAAGGACCCUCUCAGUGAUGAGCAAAUCAAUGCCCUGAAAGAUGGCAUGGUUCUGCAGAUGAUGUAAGCCAUCGUGUACAAAUCAUCAAAACCACCCUUUUCUCACGAAUCAUGUAUAUCAAUCUUUGGCUUGUAGAAUGCAAGAUAAUCUUUUGGAUCAUGACGAACUUUUUCCAUUGAAACACAACGAUUAUGACGCCGCACAGACGCUGAUAUCGACAUGUAACAUUGCGCUUUGUGACCCUAGCUCUGGCUUUUAUUCUCGUACUGGACGAUACGCUGCUUUCGCUGGACAGCUUCCUCGAUCAGGAAGUCAGCGUCAUUUAGGCAGUUGCCGGUCACUGGUCGCUAGACUCCGGGCCGAUUCUUAAAGUAAUGCUUCCAUGAAGAAUACAAAAUAAAUGUCGAUUGGUC